AUGGCACUACAAGGUUUUUGGGGUCUGCAACUCACUCCUGGAAAGUCAUACAGCCAGAUCGCGUCUUCCACCUUCUGCAUUACCAUGGCUGCCGUCUCUGAUUCAAAGGUCAACAAGCCAACUCGGUCGUCUGUUUGCAUAGUCGUCGAUGAUAUGGAAUACGUCUUAUGUACACUCGUUCCUGGACAAAUCGAUCAACAAGAAUUGAAUCUCACUAUCGUUGAAGGUGAAGAGGUGUCUUUUACUGUCAAGGGCAAAUCAACGAUUCAUUUAAGUGGAAAUUAUGUGGGAUCUCAAGAGGAUGAAGAUAUGGAAGGGGAAUUGCCUGCCAAUAUCACUCGGGAAGAAUUAUUAUCUCUUUUGAGCCAACAAGGAAAUUUGGAUGGAGGAAUCGAAGAAUCCGAGUCAGACGAAGACAUCUCAAACGAAUCGGUUGCAUCUGAUGAAAGCGAGGACAUGGAUAUUGAUGUGCCACAACGCGAACGAAGAAUCCGAUUUGCAGAUGAAGUGGAACAGGAGCAGCAGGAAGAGGAAGAGAAGAAAAAGAAGGAGAAGAAGACGGCCCAACCCAAGAAGAAGGAAGAGCAACCAAAGGAAGCUGAUCAAAAGGAACCAUCCAAUGUCCCUUCAAAUAAGCAAAACCAGCAAACGAAGCGAAAGGCACCUGCAGAUGAUGAUGAAGCUACACCAGUGAAAAAGGCCAAGGCAGAACAGGAAAAGCCAAAGAAGAAAUCAGAAAAGGUCGUCACCCAUUUGCCAAGUGGCAUCACAAUCGAAGAAACCAAGGUUGGUCAAGGAGUAUCUGUCAAAAAAGGCAACAAGAUUGGUGUUCGAUACAUUGGCAGAGUAAAGGGAGGCAAGAUCUUUGAUAAGAACAUCAGCGGCAAACCUUUCUUUUUUGCUCUCGGUCGUCAAGAAGUGAUCAAGGGAUGGGAUGAAGGCAUCACUGGUAUGAAGCUUGGCGGCGAGCGGAAAUUGACCAUUCCACCAGCUCUUGCAUAUGGCAAACGUGGAUCUCCACCAUUAAUCCCACCAAAUGCAACACUUGUGUUUGAGGUUAAAUUGGUUUCUCUCAAUUAA